AAAUAAAAGAAAUAAAAAAGAAAUCUGUAUGACAUUAUCUUGUGUAGGUAAAACCCUGGUGAUAACUUGUUCUCGGAGACUGGCCGUCUACUACCGUCAUUUGCGAUCGCCGUCCAGGUGAAGAACAAUCAACAAUAGGUUUGGGCCAAUAUGAUUUUGAAUGGUGGUUAUGCAACACAUUUGGGGCAGUACAAGGCCUGUAAGACCAAGCCGUUGAAGUCGAUGUCUGACCGCGUUCUUCAUCCGCGCGUCAGGAGUUCGUUCAACUUUCAUCAGGAGCUGAGAUCUUUAUCUCCCCAUGCAGGAGGUCCACUUGUUCAUCUAUCUGCUACCUCAUCUCCACUCUAUGGGCAUUUAGGUCUAUUCACACACAAAACACCGCCCACAUCAUCUCGAAGACGUGUAUCCCCAAGAGCAUCAAAGGAUGCUGGUGCAUUCAGUUACAAAUACCCCCCAAUGGAGAAAAAACCGCGAUGGUAUUGGAGAACUUUAGCAUGCUUACCCUACCUAAUGCCGCUUCAUGAAACAUGGAUGUAUGCAGAAACCGCCUAUCACCUCCACCCUUUCUUGGAAAGUUUCGAGUUCCUCACUUACCCUUUCUUAAGUGCUCUAGGGGGUUUGCCAAGCUGGUUCUUAAUCGCAUAUUUCAUAGUUGCUUACCUGGCGGUUGUUAGAAGAAAAGAGUGGCCCCACUUUUUUAGAUUCCAUGUGGUGACGGGGAUGUUACUGGAAAUCGCUCUGCAGGUGACGGGAACUGUGUGGCGCUGGCUUCCACGCGCCUGGUAUUGGGGUAAGGUUGGAAUGCAUUUUUGGACGGCUUUUGCGUUUGCUUUCCUUUUCACGGUUUUGGAGUGCAUUCGGUGUUGUCUUGUUGGGAUGUAUGCUGAUGUCCCGUUUGUUUCUGAUGCCGCGUAUAUUCAAAUCCCGUAUGAAUAAGGUGCCAGAUUGCUUCUUUUCAUUCAUGUAAGCAAUGGUUUAUGAGUGUUUUUGGUACAUUCAAAUCACAUCUUAGUUUAAUGUUUAGUGGUGAUGUUAUCAGACACAGAUUACAUGUUGAAAAAGUUAUUUUUAGAUUUAUGUGUUUCAGAUA